AUGUUAGGUCUAGUGUCACAUGUAAACUUGAUGGAUGCUCUCAUCCAUCCACGUCGACAUAAUGCCAUUAACCUAUCACAUUUCAGUCGACCUAAUAAUUCCUUUAUUGAUUCUUCGGAGUCGGACACAAUCAUUGAGGAUACUCCAGAUUCUCCCGUUGAAUGCAUUGACUACUCCCACCAACCACCUGAUAUUGGCCGAACAAUAGAAAUAAAUCUUGACGGUUCAGAAACUUCUCCCAGUGAUUCACAGAAACUGAACAAACGUGUGGUUUGUUUUUCUUACCAGAAUUCUGAUUCUGACCCAGAUGAUUAUCCUUUUCAUGCCGUAACUUAUGGUGAGUCGGAAAGCUGCUGGGGUCUUCCAUAUAACGAUCAUAACUAUGCGUCUUGUGAACCGAAUCCAAAACUUGGAUCUGAGUCUGAUGACCGCCUGUCUCUUCUAGCGAAACUAGCACUAGCCAAGGAUAAUAGCCCCAAUAGUAUGGGGGGAAGUGUUAAUGCUCUACAUUCAGAUUCACAGACUAGCUGGGUCAGUGGAGAAAAUACAGUGUCUGUGCCAGUUAGCAAAACUGUGGGUUUGAUUGAAGUAAACCCCAUUUUAUCGCCUACUAAGCGCUCUGUUAUAUGCAAUUCUGAAGCUCAACCGGCUCCUAGUAAUGGCCAGUUGCUAGUUACUACAGCUAGCUAUGUUUCGUCUGUGGGAAGUCGGACCAUUUUAUUUUCAGCUAGUGGAAAUAUAAAUCCUCCUUUGCAAAUUCAUCGGGUUACUUCUUCACUCACUCCGCAUGUAGUAUUGCGCACUGGUGCACCUGCACUUCAAAUUGCUACUUCUGCUCCACGUCAACUGUCCACUGAUGCUGGUGAUUCUGUCAGGUGUAUUUGUGGAAACCCAAACCUGGGUGGUUUUCUCAUCCAAUGUAAUCACUGCAGAAUAUGGCACCACAGUGAAUGUAUCCCAUCUGUUAACAAAGGACAUUUGUCGAAUCCAUAUGUUUGCGAAACAUGCCAGUCACACCCAAAACCUGCUACACUUCCGCGUCCUAAAGUGGCUUCGUAUGGCAGUGUUGUGUCAACCCCAAAUUCAAGCAUUCGGAUAUCCCGCACACCACUUACUACAAAUACUCCUCAAGGACGCAUUUACGUCUCGACCCCUUUCGGAGGCACGGCAUCUCGACAGGUUCACCUAUGUCUUCCAACCAAUCAAGGAAUAUCAGGCAUACAGUGUGGUGAUUUCAGCGUUAUUUCCAAUUGCUCUAGUGUAGAUAGCCCUUUUACUGCAGUUCGUCCUCCAAGCUACACACCAUGCGCGCAACCUGUUCGAAGUUCUAAACGAAAACAAGAUCUACUCACACUUGCUGGGGGAUCGUCUGCAAAUGUAGGUCUAGAAGGGUUUACAAGUUCACCGCCAGUUUCAGACGAUUAUGAUGAUCUUCCUAGUGUCAAAACAUCCUAUCCUGUGGACGCAAGAAACUGCUUCGCGGAAAAUUCAGAAUCUGUUUGCCAAACACAAGUUGAUCGUCCAUCUCCUGGACAGGAUAGUAAAUUACAGCUUCGUCAUAGUAGUGUUGUUCACCGUUUGAUUUCAGACUGUCCCAAUAAUAAGGUGCACAACACAUUUGCUCAAAUAGGUGACUCACGUAAUACCACUUCUUUGUGUUCAACACCGGAUUCUUUGAUGUCUCCAACGUCGGAUAUAUAUGAAGAAGCCUCUAGUUUACAUCUUUCAGAUCGUCUUUGUAAGAAGCUAGAUUUGAUGUUUCCUUUCUUCACCGGUAUGGCAGCAGAUUUUGGCGAUGUAGAUGGCAUUUCAAAUGAAGAAAUUCCUUCUAAUUUGGAAAGCUUAUUUCGUUAUCAAGUUGUCAGUUUCGAUUUUAACCGCAGGGGACUCAUAGCAAGUGAAGAUAUACAUCCUCGGACGCCAAUCAUUGAAUAUCGUGGCAAUUGUUUACUGUUGAGUGAAUACAGUGACAUGUAUGACUAUCGUAAACACUAUAAUCCAUUUGUCCUGUUUUACAAAUCGCUGCCCAAAUUGCCUCUGUGUGUUGAUGCCCGCAAAUAUGGCAAUGAAGCGCGGUUCAUCCGCCGAUCGUGUACACCGAAUUCUGAGGUUCGCCAUUGCAUUUCAUUCUCAAACGAUGCACACGGGUCACCUGUUCCUCAUCUUCGCCUUGUUGUUGUUGCUUCACGACUUAUACCGAAGUCAUCUGAAAUAACAUUACCAUUCGAUUUUGACUACACUGCCUGCCGAUAUGUCGUCAAGUGUGCAUGCGUUCUUAAGGGCUGUCCGGUUACUCGUUGGUUUCAAAGAAUGAAUCAGUUAACCAAUCCUGCACGAAGUCCAACUCGUCAUUCUUUGGUAUGUACUCGUAAAUUACCACAUCCCCCUCGAACUUAUGGGAUUGGUGACCACCUUAGUCUGUCACAAAACCCUCAGUUGAAUUAUGGCGAAAAACGACACGCUGAUGAGAAAUCAAACUUAUAUUCGAAGUCACCUGCAGUGGUCACUAGAAGAAACAACAUUGGUCGGGCGGGUCGUCAUUCUUCAAACUAUAUUUCAAAUGGGGAUUUUGAAGCAAGCCAAUCAUCCUCUCGUCACACUGCUCGUGGUUAUAUAAAGAAAUCUGUCACUUCAAGCGGCGUUCGUAAAUCUGUACCUCGAAGAGGGCGAGGACGUGGUAGAUUAAAAAGUUCUUCUAUGGGAUUACGCAGUAAACAUGUAAGCGAACGACUGUCGUCUAGAAUAGUUGGUCGUGGUAGACCUGCUUUGAAGAAAUCCUUGACAACCACCGGUAAACGUCCUCAGAUCUCUACUAAUCUGCAUAAGAACCAGCUCACACCUCAUGACAGAUACACAAAGAUACGAAGAAGAGUAGAUACAAGUAAUGAUUCUUACAGCCAGAGUAACAGCUCAUCUGAAACAGAAUGUGCAGAUACAAUAGAAUCAUCUUUGCUCCAUGAAACGAGUGACCUACAACCGGAGUCACCAAAAGAAACAGACCAACUGGAAGAUCCUGACAACAAAGAAUCUGGAUCAAUAUCACCUCAUACGUUGACUGAAGAGGAUAUAGAUGCUGACACUGAGCCAGAUCCCAAGAUAACGAGAGAGGUAGUGUGUACCACAAAUGACUCUCCCAAAUCGCCUGGUGUAGCACCCACAAAAGAAGCCUAUGGAGAUUCUUCCUCUAAACACAAAUCUACUGAAUCUACAUCACUCUUCGUUCAAGGGAAACGCCGAUCACAUGGUGGUAAUAGCUCUAGUAAGCAUGAAGUCUUGUCGCGUAAGAAAAAGAAAUCUCAUGAAGAAAAUGAAAUGAAAUCAAAGGAGGAUGUAUGGAUGGCAGAGGUAUUGCGUCGUAUUGAGCGGAUGGAAAAGAAACGAUUAAAACAACGUAUGCCAUCUGGUAAUCUGAAAAGUGAUCAGGAUGUUGAAUAUACCAAAAGUGAAUCAGAAUCACUGUCUCCUGAGAAACUUGAAAGUUCUUCAACAUCAGACAACAGUAAUAAUAAUAAUAACAUAAGUAACAGUGAUACAAUAAGUGAAGACAUUAAAGAAUCCUUCGAUACUUCUAAGAUUGAACAAAAGUUUGAAAUAAAUGGAUCGACUGAGGAUUGUAUCGAUGUAACGGUGAAUGAGGAGCAGGCUGACGAUUUCACUCAGCCGACUAAUAUUUUCGAAAAGUUUGAAUUAUCUAGCUAUCAAUCUGACUUUCAUCAAUCUGCAGCAUUACAAGAGACCAAAGAGGAAGAGGAUGUGUACCCACCUGUAAAUAAAACAAGUAUUCUAGAGAAAAGCAGUACAGAUCAUCGGACAAAGUACUUCAUUCAACCUGCUGCAUCCCAAAGUAAGCGACGAAAUAGACCUGGUGACCAUGAACGCGAUUCUUCGUCACCAAGACGUAGACGUCGGCGUUCCCAAGCAGCUAUGCUUUCUGACAGUUUAUCAUCUACCAUUGAUCAAGGUGGUUCACGUGAAGAUCGUUGGCUACAAAUGCAACUUCGACGUAUCGCUGAGUUAGAAGAUAAUCAUGAAGAGACUUCCCAACACACUUCAUCAGAUUUGGAGAAUAAUGAGAGAAAUCAUUCGGUAUCAGAUAGGCCUAUUGGAGAUGGAUCGAAUGUUAGAGUUUCACUAUUUGAAGCUUUAUGUGUUAGGAGUGAGUCGUCUGAAAAUGAACAAAAAAAUGGUGGAAAUUCUAGCCUCAACAAGACAUCUGUCAGCAUUGAUACCGAAUGUUCGAAUCAGGUUAGUAACAAUCAGCAUGUCCUUGAUUCUGAAGCUGACUGUGGUUUCAUAGUUUAUCGAACUCGAGAAAAGGAUCCGAUGGCCAAGUUUAGUAGAACUCGUUCAAUUGAAAUGGAUUCAUUGUUCACAAAAAUUCAUGACGAAAUUUCAAACAAUGACGUGAUUGAUACAAAACAAGACUGCUACACUGUUGACGAUAUCUCGGUAUCCUGUCUGACGCAACCUUUGUUACACCAGCCUCCCAGACCUACAAAGAAACGUUGGUUGUCUCGGGCGCUCAUGGAGGAAGAUGUAGAACUAGCUAAUCAUCGAAUGUUAAACUGUUCUCAUCCGAUGAACAAUCCAUCAUCCAAUGUCAAGUUGGAUUCUUCAUCAAGUAUACAAAGUACAUGCGUAACACCUGUCAAUCCUAAAAAGAGAAUGAUUUCUCGACUUUCGGAGAUAUCUGGAGACGCCUCUAAUUGCCUUCAUCAUGAAGUUGAUGAAAAUCCUCAACAUUUAGAAUCUCAAUAUUCACCAGACCAUAUAAUUAAAGAAUCAGAUGAUAAUCUAGGGAAUCGUAAUGAAGACUCUGUAAGUGUUUCUCAGUUACCUGAAGAUGAUGAAUCUACUGAAGCGUCGUCACCUCAUUCUCCUCCGCUUCCGCCGAAAAAAGCAACAGUGAAGCAACAAACUGAAGAGUUGCAAUUACAAGAAAUGCCCAAAGUUCGUGUUUCACUCACAGAAUACCGCCGCCGACGUGGUUUGCCUGUUACACCUGCUGCGGAACGAAACAACAAAGAGUUGAAAGAAUCAUUGAAACAAUCAAGUCCAAACAUUGAUAACUUGGAAAUAACAAUCCCACCACCAUUGCUCAGUCCUAGUCGGCUGCUUAUUGAGUUACCGCAUCUUCACAAUGAAUCCAAACCAUCCAUAGAUGCCAAUAUUUCUGACAAAUUACUGCAAAAUAUAAAGUCACUGAGUACCAGAUCUGAAGUUGUUCAUGAUUACAGUGACUCCAAAAUGUCUUAUUCACACACAGAGAAAACAUUGGAAGUCGAUAACAAACGCGAUUUUAUCUGUUCAAAGAUAAAUGAACGUGGACCUCGUACCCCAAGCGAACCGCCAGAUGAUGAUGAUGACGACGACGAAGAAGAUACUGAAGGCGUAGAUUCUAUUAAUUUCAUCAGUAAAGGAGCUUUGAGUAGUUCACCUGAGCCAUAUGUAAAGUUUCCCGGUAAAGUACUUUCAACUCACAGUUCACCGAAAUCUGUACUUUCAGACUCGCGUGUUGAAAGACAAAAGUCAGUUCUCACUAUUACUUCACAACUGGAUAUGAACCCACACAAUAUUUCUAAAUCUCGUUAUCCAAAUAAUAUGUUUGGUCCUUCAGAAUACCUUGAAUGUGAAAACUUUUUGGAUGACGUAUAUCGUAUGAAAGAGUUUGACCAUGGUCGUUCCGGUCCUGAAAAUUUGAGACGUGGCUAUCAAAAUACAUCUCAUUAUUCUUUAGUGUCUACUAGGCCAUCGCAUUUCGAUAGAUCGAAUUAUUACGAAAAGAAAGUUAACUUUGAGGAAUUCAAACAUCGUAAUUUAAGAGUUUCACCUGGAAACUUGCCCCCACCACCACCACCUCCUAUGCCUUCAUUUUCUGGAUAUCCUAUUUCUUCGAAUAGUCCGAUUGCUCCGUAUUAUAAUACUGAUAAAAAUGUUGCAGAUAACCUAGCCCCUGUACCUGGAUCACUAGAAUACUUCAUACAAAGAGAUAAUGAGAUACGUGUAUGGCAAGAGAGUCGGUCAUAUGCCCGAGAAAGGCAUACCUCUGCUCCUUGGCAUCAUCGAGUUUCUGGCAAUCGUGUAUCCAGUACUCGAAAGUAUUCUUAUACAAUAUCUAAGCAUCCUUCGAGAAACUCAAAAGACAAUGAAAGUCUUUCGUAUCAUCCUGAUGCAGUCACGGGUCAUUUUGACUCAGUGGAGCAAACUCUUUUACGAAUUCGUGAUAGUCUUCAAGCUCAGUUGAAUUUAACUAAAGUGGGUUGUGUUCCUCCACAAAGGAAAAGAUCAACUAAUGAUCCGUCAUCAGCUAACAACAAUGGAGCUGUAUGUUGA